AUGUUGCUUGCCUCAGGAAUAUGGAUUCUCUGUCUGUCAACAAUAGGCCUCGCGGGGAACGUGCAACGCGUUCUACCCUUCAACGCGACGCGGUCCUCGUCAGCUGGAAUUUCUCAAAAGAUAUCGCAGGUUGUGCCCGUGCCACGACAGUCGUCCUCGCUGUCUUCUUUGGGUUUCGAAGCGUACACUGUCUUGGAUCUCCCCCAAUUUCCGGCUCAUCAAGUCAGGGUCAAGAAAAGCGCGUUCUGUGAUCCCACUGUGAACGUUUAUACUGGUUAUCUAGACGUUGACUAUGGGGCGAAGCACAUGUUCUUCUACUUUUUUGAGAGCAGGCGUGAUCCAGCCAAAGGUGAGGGAGAAUAUGCAUUUCCCCUCGCUUUUAGUAACACAACGGCUCUAUUUGCAGACGAUGUCAUGAUGUGGAUCAAUGGAGGACCUGGCUGUUCAUCUGCUACGGGUUUACUGAUGGAACUGGGACCCUGCAGCAUCGACAUGGAUGGAUCUUCGCCAAAUGGUACGCUGUGGAACCCCUACUCUUGGAACACGGAGGCGAACAUUUUCUUCCUCGAUCAACCUGUGGGCGUGGGCUUCUCGUAUGCUGAUUACGGAGAGACCAUCGAGACUACAGAAGAUGCGGCGAAGAACGUCCAUGCGUUUAUCUCGAUCUUCUUCGAGACAUUCCCUCAGUUCGCUGGACGGACUUUACAUUUAUCCGGUGAAUCGUACGCGGGACGCUAUCUUCCCGCUUUUGCUAGCUAUCUCUAUGACCAAAAUACGAUCGCAGUGGCAGAAGGGCGUGAACCUCUUAAUCUACAGAGUGUUCUCAUCGGUAAUGGGAUCACGGACAUCUCGACCCUCUAUCCCGGGCGAUACGAAAUUGAAUGCGGAACUGCUGCUUUGGAAGUGCCAUUCCAGACGAUUAGUACGUGCGUACGCAUGAAGAUGGCGGAUGCAAUGAUGAAGAACUGCGUGGACCAAUUUGAUUCCAUGGAUUGCCGGGCUGCCGUCAAUUUCUGCGAUGCUGAGAUGAGCACGGGAUAUUGGGAUAGUGGACGAAAUGUGUACGAUAUCUCCAAGGUAACGUUGUUCUCGUCGUUCAACAUGUAUACUAAUAACAACGAUCUCCUCAAGAUGUGUGUGAGCGAUUCGCUGUGCUACAAUGAACAGAUUGCGAUCAAGAACUUCCUUAAUCAACCGUCCAUCCGCGAGCUCCUUGGCGUCGAGUCCCCCAGGAACUUUACCGGAUGUGAUCGAGAUGUUGCAACGAAUUUCAACUUACACAUGGACAAGUGGGCCGUCCCUUCCCAAUACUAUGUUGCCAACCUCUUGGAACGCGGCAUCCGCAUGCUCAUUUAUGCGGGGACAUACGAUUGGCAAUGCAAUUGGGUCGCGAACAAAUUAUGGGUUGAUAAGCUCGAAUGGCUCGGACGAGAUGCAUACAGCGCGGAGGAGUGGCGCGACUGGAUUGUCGACGGCAAGAAGGCGGGGGAAACGAAGAAAGCGGGGAUGCUGACGUUUGCUACUGUCGUCGGAGCGGGACACAUGAUGAGUGUUCAACUUUGA